GGGAAUUGAAAGGCAAAGGUCAGGGAGAGAAAAUGUCGUGUCCUGUGACAGAUGAGAUGAGGGCCAAUGCAACAGAGUUCUGUAAAGGGAAUGCGCUGUGCCAAUACAAAGCCAAGGGCUUGCUCAAAGAAGUAGGCUUACCCACAGGCCUGUUGCCUCUACAGGACAUGGAGGAAUUUGGCUAUGUAAAGGACACCGGGUUUGUGUGGUUCAAAUCCAAGAAAAACACAGACCACAAGUUUGAGAAGAUAGGCAAGCUGGCCCAGUAUGGAAGUGAAGUUACUGCGUAUGUGGAGCAGAAGAAGAUCAAGAAGAUGACGGGGGUGAAGGCCAAGGAGCUGUUCCUGUGGGUCACCAUCAGCGAGAUCUCGGUGGACGAUCCGCCCACCGGGAAGAUCUACUUCAAGAGUCCUUUGGGCAUUGGCAAGACCUUCCCGGUUUCCGCUUUUGAAAACCCGGAAGACGAGAAGGAGGAGAAGGAAGAACAGAGGAAAUAAUGCUCUCGAAGCCAAGGAGGCCAGUAGGUACAUAUAUAUAGACCGUGCGUAUAGGUUGAAUAAAUAAUUAGGAACUAGCUAAACUAGCUAGUCACCUUGCAUGCUGCGUUGCUUGGGUACCAGUACUAUUAUCCGCAGUUCAAUGGUUCGUGUGUGGUGUGGUUCGGUGUUGAAGUCGUACGUCUGAUGUCUAAUUCUCGAGGACGAUUGUGUGGGGUUUCAUCCAAUGUGAUAGCUCAUUGUAAGUAUAAGUCGUGAAACCACCCCCUCACAAACUAUUUGGGAUUAUAUCAUUAUUAUAUCAGGUACUGUAUAUUCAAACAAGUGGAAAAUGUAAAAUAAUUAAGGAUCAAGCGAUCACAGUGUUGUUUACCUCCUGUGUUAUAGUUAAUUUAGCAAGUAUUAAAAUAAAAUUAAUAAAAACGUGAUCAUUUCUUUUCCUCCAGGUUCAUUAGCGAGAUAUGUUAGCGUGUUGUCAAUAUCGGAUUCAGCCAGCGAGUUUGACUAGUAGAAUAAUUUGGUGGGUUGUCAAAAGAUGUUUGGUAAUUUAGCACUUUGGCCAUAAAAUUAGUAGAAAACACCAUUUUUCAAAACGUCAAGCCAAAACUCUCCUAUUAAUAGUGUUUUCAUUUUGGCGUUUCCGUCCAAAAACGCGGUUGCCGAAGAGCUAUUUACCAAACAACUUUUUCACUUAUUGAAAACGUUAAAAGUGGUCAAACCGCUAUUUUUCGGCUAAAACGCCGUUAACCAAACACCCCCAAUAUGUGGAUUAAAAAGGAAUUAAUCAUCAAGAUAAUCAAGAUAAUAUAAUUUCCUAAGAGUACAACAUGUUAAAAAUUAACAAUAAGACACCAAUGCUUCCAAAGAGUAAAAAGAGUUGCAUUGACAAAACUACCAUGCAUUAAUAAAUAAAUCAACUUAUUCAUUAAAAAUACAAAUAAAAUAUUACCCCUUGAUCCUAAAUGAACUUCACACUUUCCGAUUUGGACAAAUCCAAAAUAAACUUCAUACUUCUAUUUUUGGUAAGUUCUUAAUAUAAAGUUACUUUGAUACCUGUUGAGGUAAUGCGGUUUAUUCAUCCAACUUCAAGGGCCCAAAAUGUCCCUUGGGUUCUUAAUAUAAACUUCUAUUUUAGUGAUUAGUGUGAAUAUUGAGGCACAAGUACUUAAUUA